GAAUUCUAGUUUCUUAACUCUUUCUUCCCCAACCGGGACACCAAUUUUCCGGCCGACCAAGCAAACAGCAAAAUCCAGUUUAUAUAAAAUAGAACAAUCUAAAUCAAGUUUUUUUUUAUUAUUAUUUGUUCUAUUAUUCUUUCUUGGUAAAGAGAUAUCGUACAACUUAGCUAGUUCUCUUCUUCAGCUUCUGAACCCUAAGAGAGAGAGAGAAUCAAAUCUUCAACGAUGAAUCCGUACGACCACCGCCUCGCCGAUCCCAGCUCCUACCGCGAUCGCCGGAGUGACCUUGUGGGCCCGGCACCAGCACCGGGGAUAGGCGGCCGGGGCACAGGCUAUGGCCGCGGCAGCGUUCCAGCUUCUUACGGCGGGCCGGUUCACGGAGCUGUACCGAAUGUUGGGAAUUUAAAUGGAUUUCCGCCCUUUCAGCCGCCGGUCGGUCGGUUUGAUAUAGGCCGAGGCGGCGGUGGCGACAGGAGAGGCCGUGGUGGCGGUGGAGAGGGACGAGGGAGGGGUUUUGAUUUGGGACGUGGCGGUGGCGGAGGCAGAUUUGGCGGGAAUAGGAGUUUCGACGGGGGUUUUGGCGGUGGGCGCGGUGGAGGGAGGGGUUUUGAUGGCCGCGGCGGUGGCGGUGGAAGAGGAGGCAGACACGGUCCGCCGUCGAGAGGGGACCUGGAUAACGUGGCUCUUCCCAGGCAGGAUUUCGGAAAUUUGGUCCCUUUUGAGAAGAAUUUCUACGUAGAAUCUCCUUCUGUGAGGGCCAUGACGGAGCAUGAGGUAGUGCAGUACCGGGUGAGGAGGGAGAUCACGGUUGAAGGGCAAGAUGUUCCGAAGCCGAUUCGGAGGUUUGAGGAGGCGAAUUUCCCUGGUUACUGUCUCGAUGUGAUUGCGAAAUUGGGGUUUGUUGAACCGACGCCAAUUCAGGCUCAAGGAUGGCCUAUGGCUCUCAAGGGUAGGGAUUUAAUUGGCAUUGCUGAGACUGGUUCAGGGAAGACUUUGGCGUAUCUGCUGCCGGCUUUGGUUCAUGUGAGCGCACAACCUCAAUUAGCACAAGGUGAGGGUCCUAUUGUGUUAGUAUUAGCACCUACUAGGGAAUUGGCCGUUCAAAUUCAAGAAGCUGUAAAAUUUGGUGUACGUGCUAGUAUUAGGAGUACUUGCAUUUAUGGUGGUGCUCCGAAAGGACCUCAAAUUCGCGAUCUUAAAAGAGGGGUUGAGAUUGUGAUUGCCACACCUGGUCGACUGAUAGAUAUGUUGGAAGCUCAACACACAAAUUUAAGAAGAGUGACUUACCUUGUGCUGGAUGAGGCUGAUCGGAUGUUGGAUAUGGGAUUUGAGCCUCAGAUACGGAAAAUUAUUUCCCAAAUCCGACCAGAUAGGCAGACACUGUAUUGGAGCGCUACGUGGCCAAGGGAGGUUGAAGCCCUAGCAAGGCAGUUUUUGCGCAAUCCCUAUAAGGUAGUCAUUGGAUCACCAAAUUUGAAGGCAAAUCAAUCUAUUAACCAAGUUGUUGAAGUUGUGACUGACAUGGAGAAAUAUAAUAGGCUGAUAAAACUACUCAAAGAAAUGGUGGAUUCGGGCAAGAUUCUGAUAUUUAUUGAGACAAAAAAAGCAUGUGACCAAGUAACAAGGCAAUUGCGAAUGGAUGGAUGGCCUGCUCUAUCCAUCCAUGGUGACAAAAAUCAGGCUGAAAGGGAUUGGGUCCUGGCUGAAUUUAAGAGUGGCAGAAGCCCUAUAAUGACCGCCACUGAUGUGGCUGCACGGGGUCUUGAUGUAAAGGACAUAAAAUGUGUGAUCAAUUAUGAUUUUCCAUCAAGCCUCGAGGAUUACGUCCACAGGAUUGGGAGAACUGGUCGUGCAGGGGCUAGGGGAACUGCUCUCACCUUUUUUACGCAUGCGAAUGCGAAAUUCGCUCGUGAAUUGAUCAAGAUCCUGCAAGAAGCAGGUCAGGUUGUGACUCCUGCAUUGUCUGCAUUGGUGCGGUCAGCUGGUUCAAGCGGAGGAGGUUCUGGGGGAAGCUUCCGGUCCAGAGGGCGAGGGGGCUUUGGCAACAGGGCUUUGAAAUCCGGAUCAAACACCGUGCCUCUCGGGAACAAAAGAUCGUGGUAGUGUAGCUACCAACUUUUUGGUGCAAGAGAAUUUCAGCUCUUUUCUUUUGCAGCCUAUUUAUCUAUCAAUGCUCCUUAAUAUUAAUCUUGAUAUACAAGUUGUAGCAAUUAUAACUCAAGUUCUAGGGUAGUCGUUAUUUGUUGUUAUUUUUUAAAAUGUUGCACAGAAUACUCAUAUUAUUGCUAGUUCUGACGUUUAUUUGUCCAAUAGUCUAAUCAGUAUGAGCAAGUAUGGACACAUUUAUGGGCGCGAGAUAUCAAUGUAAUUUAGCCUCACCAUUGUGGUCAAAAGCUUCGUUGCUAACGCUUGUAAUUUCAUUGAUUUAUAUGGGAUUGAAAUUAAAAUAAUGAUAAUUGAUGCACUG